CAAAUCAAUGUUAUCCUUAAGUAGUCCACUUGGCAAGAUGUGAAUCCGAUUGAAGAUCUAGUCUAUCCACAUAAAAUCCAGGUGGCAAGAUGCUAUUGAACAUCAACCAAGUCAUGCAAUCCAGAGCCACUUGAAUCUAUCUUCCACAUACAACAUAUAUCAAAAUUUCCAAAAUCAAUUAUCCAUCCGAACAAUUAACCAACAAUGGCCGCAGCAACCUCAACCGUCGUUGGCUUGGCCACUUCUUCCCUCUCACCAAUCAACCGCAAGCAACCCACCUUAAAUUCAGCUUUUUUGAAGUCUCCCACAACAGCCAGGAACCCUUUCAGGGUUUCACAAGCUUCAGGUGGCAAAUAUACAUGUUUUCAAAGAGACUGGCUGCGCAAAGACUUGAAUGUGAUAGGGUUUGGGUUGAUCGGGUGGCUGGCACCAUCGAGCAUUCCAGCAAUAAACGGUGACAGUUUGACCGGCCUCUUCUUUGGGAGCAUUGGAACCGAGCUCGCUCACUUCCCCACCCCUCCUGCUCUCACUUCCCCCUUUUGGUUGUGGUUGGUGACAUGGCAUUUGGGACUCUUUAUAUGCCUUACUUUUGGGCAAAUUGGGUUCAAAGGGAGGACCGAAGAUUAUUUCGAGAAGUAAAUUAAAUCCAUGUAUCUGAAUAUAUUCUAUUUUAGUCUCUGAAAUCUUUGUUGUUUGUGUCUAAAUAUCUCUUCUGAAAUUCAUGGUCUCUCUAAUCUUCAUUAUGGUGUAAUAUAUCUCCACUGUUUCAUUAUGAUUUA